AUGUCCAACUCGAAUAGUCAACCCGACCUACAGCGCCCUCGGACCGUACCCUACCGACUGGACGUAAGUUUGACUCCAGACCCCAAUUCUAGCGCCGCCAUGCCGCCAUGGCCUUGUCCUGUGUUUGUCGAUGGUCCCUGCCGCUCAUGUCUCUCGUCCAUAUUCAGCUUUGCUAACAAUACCCUCUCCAGAUGGGGAUGUCCUCCGGGCUGGCUCUGUAAACCUCUACAGGAGAAUUGCAAUUUCGAGGCUGGUAUUCCGGACCGGAACUUUUACUGUAGUCCGAAUGAAUGCAUCCCCGCGAACGCGUUGCCUUCACCGCUGCCUACGUGGGACCAGGACAUCUACGGAAAUAUCACUCCUGCAACAGAUCCCGCACUGCAUAUCAACGCCAUCGACGAUUACUUCAACAUCAACCCGACCGACUUCGGGCUAACAUACGAGAUCUUUAUCGUGAACGAGGUCUUCACUCUUACCACUACAAUCCUUCUUCCCCCAAGUCCCACUGUUGCAGCAAGGCAAGCGCAGACCAGCGUCCCAGGGGCUUGUUAUCCUUGGUGCAACAACUGUCUAUUGGAAGCCCAGGCGAAUGGGAAGACAUCGGCACUGUGUGUUCCCGGCUCGGCGUUUGAGGUAUCUCUAGAGCAAUGCGAGCAGUGUAUUGAUUACCACAAGUCCGACAACAGCGCCAGCUUUGUGCAGAUUGCACCACAGUUCCAACAAUUCCUCGACUACUGCGACCAAUUCUCUACGAUUGUCGUGAGCACCUCUGUCACAACGACCUCGACCAAUGCCGUAGGGUCAAGCUACAGCGUGGUGACCGGAACACUAUCGACAACCGUGACUCCAAAGAGCUCUCCGCCUCCGCCAUCGUCCAAUACCCAGCCGACGUCGGUUGUGCCGGUGCCGUAUACCGCUUCCACAACGCCAAUCUCAUCAACGUCAGCUCAUCCGUAUGCAACGACAGAAACAGUCCUGACAACGACAUGGUCACAUAGCACGGUUUCCGGACCCGCGUGGUCGCAAAUAACCAUUAUCAUGCCCCUGAGCGAUAAUAGGACGACCACACUGUUCGGCACUGAUUUGAAGGCCGCUGGCGCCGUUCUCGUUCUGCCCACCUCGCCGACCACGAGCUCUUAUACCACGACAAUGACAGUUACUCCGGGCGCGCAAGUCUCGUCUGGUUCGAUUCUUUCCUCGAGGACCUCCGGCUCCUCAGGCGCUUCGGGCACAACAACCGGGUCAUCGUCCACUUUCACCGGAGCAGCAGCGGCCCUCAGAAUCUCACCCACAGAUAUCGGCUUGCAAUCGACGACGCUCGGGUUAGCUAUUUGCUUGGCAUUCAUGCUCCUGCUGUAG